AUGAAAUCACUAACCGGAAGUAAAACUAAGGCAACGCGGAAGUGUGUGGAGGAAAACAAAACUCGUCGUUUGAGAAGAUCGUUUGUGAGGAAAUCUUAAUAAACGUCGUUUGUCGUUUGGAUUUUUGUGCUGGGUCGACCAGAGAGCAUCAAGAUGGAAUUCCUUUUUGGGAAGAGAAAGACUCCGGAGGAGAUGCUGAGGCAGAACCAGAGGGCGCUCAACCGGGCCAUGAGGGAUCUGGACAGAGAGCGAACAAAACUGGAGCAGCAGGAGAAGAAGAUCAUCGCUGACAUCAAGAAAAUGGCCAAACAGGGACAAAUGGAUGCCGUCAAGAUCAUGGCCAAAGACUUGGUACGCUCCAGACGCUACGUGAAGAAGUUCAUCAUGAUGAGAGCCAACAUUCAGGCCGUCAGUCUGAAGAUUCAGACGCUCAAGUCCAACAACAGCAUGGCGCAAGCCAUGAAGGGCGUCACCAAAGCCAUGGCUACAAUGAACAGACAGCUCAAACUGCCUCAGAUUCAGAAGAUCAUGAUGGAAUUUGAGCGGCAGAGUGAGAUUAUGGACAUGAAGGAGGAGAUGAUGAACGACGCCAUCGAUGACGCCCUUGGGGACGAAGAUGACGAGGACGAAAGUGACGCCAUUGUGUCCCAAGUCCUGGAUGAGCUGGGUCUUAAUCUUAGUGAUGAACUCUCCAGUAAGAACAAAACAAUGCCAAGAAAAAAUAUCAGUGUUUGGAUUGUAAAUUGUCCACUGUGUUCCUUCCAGACCUCCCAGCUACUGGUGGAAGCUUGUCAGUGGCCGCUGGGAAAAAAGCGGAGCCUCAAGCCACCUUAGCCGAUGCGGACGCCGACCUGGAGGCACGGUUAAAUAACCUCCGCAAAGACUGAAUGCAAAACACAUGCUGACUUCUUGGAACGUCUUGCCAUGACGGUGGUUGGCUUUUUCUUUCUGCGGUGUUUCAUUUGAUGUGGGUAUGUUAUAUCAAAAUACAAAUUAUCCUUGAUGGGGACCUGAAACGUCCCGUCUCAUUUAUGACAAUGCCAAAAGACAAAUCCACUGACAGCGUGUCCAUGCUUACUUUUUGUUGCUUUUAAAUUAACACUGACUAAUAACCCAAGUUAUAGAACAAUUUCUUUAGAUAUGUGAUCAGUGCAGAGCUGUUGAAUCUAUUAUCUAAACAUUUUGUUUUGUCCACAAAAAGGGUGGCUCAUUUUACGAACUUAAAAAUAGACCCUUGGUGGGCUGAUAUCAACCCAAAACCUGUUUAUAGUUUUUACACCAAGAGAUGGAAUGGUGUUCAUUUUUUGUUGUUGAAUAAUAAACCUUUUUCCACAUUUAACAAA